AAAACAAGGAAAUGUCAACUUUCUAAAAGAAACUAAAUCAAUCACAAUAGUCCACAGCUUAUUGUAAAAAAAGCAGUGUUUACUAAACUAAAAAAAGAAAAUUUUUAUAAAAUAUUAAGUAAAUUUGUAAAAUUUUAAUUAAAAUAAAUACAUUGCAACAAAGUCUGUCAUCUGCCACAACUCCACUCACGCACCAUGUCGAAAGUUACCUUCAAAAUUACUUUAACCUCGGAUCCUAAAUUACCUUUCAAAGUGUUGAGUGUUCCCGAGGGUACCCCAUUUACGGCCGUACUGAAAUUUGCUGCUGAAGAAUUCAAAGUACCCGCAGCCACCAGUGCCAUUAUUACCGAUGAUGGUAUUGGCAUUAGCCCCCAACAGACUGCUGGCAAUGUCUUUUUGAAACACGGCUCUGAAUUACGUUUAAUUCCCAGAGAUCGUGUAGGACAUUGAGUGGAAUACUCAAAUGUUGUAUGUCAUUUAGUAAUUGUUUUUUUAUAUUAUAGAUUUUUUUCUAAUUUAAUAUAAUCUUUUCUAAAACUAUAUAAAUUAAAAUAAAAUUUAAUGUGUAAACACAACAAUAAAAUUAUUUAUUAACCCUAAAAAGGGGUGGAGAAAUUGUGGAAACUAUGAAAUUGGAAAA